GCGGCUGCGGCUGGGUGAGGAGAGCGGACCGGAAGGGUCGGAGCGCCCCAAGCCCCUUCAGACCCCCGGCGGCGGCGGCCGUGGCGGCGGCGGCGGCAGCAGCAGCGGGCGGGGCGGAGCGUGGCGCCGACCGAGCCCGGGCCGCGGAGCUGGGAGUGGUAGCGCACGGCGCUGCCAUCCGCCCGCCGCCUCUUCUGCCCGCGCACGGCGGCAAGAGGCGAGGACUCUUGUCAACGGAAGCUCUUUGGAAUACUGUAUGAUACUACAUCAUGAGUGACAAUAAAUGUGAUAGUCAGUUUUAUAGUGUGCAAGUGGCAGACUCAACUUUCACUGUCCUAAAACGUUACCAGCAGUUGAAACCAAUAGGCUCUGGGGCCCAAGGAAUUGUUUGUGCUGCUUUUGAUACAGUUCUUGGGAUUAAUGUUGCAGUCAAGAAGCUAAGCCGUCCUUUUCAAAACCAAACUCAUGCAAAAAGAGCUUAUCGGGAACUUGUCCUCUUAAAAUGUGUCAAUCAUAAAAAUAUCAUUAGUUUGUUAAAUGUGUUUACACCACAAAAAACUCUAGAAGAAUUUCAAGACGUGUAUUUGGUUAUGGAAUUAAUGGAUGCUAACUUAUGUCAGGUUAUUCAUAUGGAAUUAGACCAUGAAAGAAUGUCCUACCUUCUUUACCAGAUGCUUUGUGGCAUUAAACAUCUGCAUUCAGCUGGUAUAAUUCAUAGAGAUUUGAAGCCUAGCAACAUUGUAGUAAAAUCGGAUUGUACCCUUAAGAUCCUUGACUUUGGUCUAGCCCGGACAGCAUGUACCAACUUUAUGAUGACCCCCUAUGUGGUAACGCGGUAUUACCGGGCCCCUGAAGUCAUCCUGGGCAUGGGCUACAAAGAGAACGUUGAUAUCUGGUCAGUGGGUUGCAUCAUGGGAGAGCUGGUGAAAGGUUGUGUGAUAUUCCAAGGCACUGACCAUAUUGAUCAGUGGAAUAAAGUUAUCGAGCAGCUUGGAACACCAUCAGCAGAGUUCAUGAAAAAACUUCAACCAACUGUGAGGAAUUACGUAGAAAAUCGACCAAAGUAUCCUGGAAUCAAAUUCGAAGAACUUUUUCCAGAUUGGAUAUUCCCAUCAGAAUCUGAACGAGACAAAAUAAAAACAAGUCAAGCCAGAGAUCUGUUAUCAAAAAUGUUAGUGAUCGAUCCCGACAAGCGGAUCUCUGUGGACGAAGCCUUGCGUCACCCUUACAUCACUGUGUGGUAUGACCCUGCUGAGGCAGAAGCGCCACCACCUCAGAUUUACGAUGCCCAGUUGGAAGAAAGAGAACACGCGAUUGAAGAGUGGAAAGAGCUAAUUUACAAAGAAGUAAUGGAUUGGGAAGAAAGAAGCAAGAAUGGUGUUGUAAAAGAUCAACCUUCAGCACAGAUGCAGCAGUAAGUAGCAACGCCACACCUUCCCAGUCGUCCUCUAUCAAUGACAUUUCAUCCAUGUCCACCGAGCAGACACUGGCCUCGGACACAGACAGCAGUCUGGAUGCCUCCACAGGACCCCUCGAAGGUUGUCGAUGAUAAGUUGGAAAGAGCAGACUUGUUAUCAGCAAAGAAACUCUUACUUCCAUGGUCCUGAAAUGUGUGGGAGUCAAUGGAACCAAAUAGAAAACCCGGUGUUCUGCAUGUAAGAAACACGAUGCCUUGCCUCUAUUCAGUUCCAAUAGGAUUGCCUGCCUAGAUUAUAAAAUGAAGCUGAUUAUGUCCGAAGAAAAAAGCGCAAGCCACACUUUAGAGAUUUUGUUCAAGAUCAUUUCAGGUGAGCAAUUAGAAUAGAUGAUGUUUUCACAGGUCAUGGUAACAGUGGUGACAGUUUCUCAUCAUCUGUAACUGUUGGGUCUUAUGUGCAUGUGACCACAAAUGCUUGCUUGGACUUGCCCACCUCGCACUUUGGAAAUCAGUAUUUAAAUACCAAAUAAUAUACCAGGUAAUGUUGCUUCUAGAGUGAUCUCUUUAUCCUCUUAAUUAAUUUGUUGUCUGUCAAGAAAAAAUAGAUUUAUGUGUGUUAAUUGGCCACCAUCAUAUUAUCAUAUCUUACCUUCUCUGAUGGUAUGAUUUAUUCUAUCUUUUGUAUUUCAGAAGGAAUAUAAUUAAAUCUAUUUAAUAAAUAAAAAUAUAGAUUUUCUUAAAUUUGUGAUAUUUUGAACUGAGAACUAUCACUGCUAAAACCAAGACAUUUACGUGGGCACUGUUUCCUCUGAAUUGUCUAGUCUGGGAUGACUAUACAUCAGCUUUACUGCAUGGUAAGAUUUUCAGUUCUGUUUUAUGCUGCUUGAGAGGCACACACCUUUGAAUUCCUGUCUACCUUACCUCUCUCUGUUUUUUUUGUUUGUUUGUUUGUUUGUUUUUUGUUUUUUGUUUUUUGUUUUUUUGGCCUUCUGGACUCUGAUUACUUCAAAAUGCUACCUAGAACUUCACCUUCUUUACCAGACAUACAACAUACCAUCUCAGUCACAUGCUGGCCAGUGCAUUUCUAAAUCUUUUGCCAGCUGUUGGAGUAGAGCUUUGUAAAAUGGUCUCUCAAGACCAUUGCAGUCGUUUACCAAGUACCGGCUGCUUCUGCCAGAGUCUAGCUGGCCUUUUGCUCACACCGUCAUUCACAGUGAAACAAGGUGGGUUUUCAAAGCUGCACUUUGCUUUGCCAGCAUCAUAUUUUGGCUCAGUUUUCCUUCUUCACUGAAAGAAGCCGAGGGAGUCCCCUUCACGUGGUCCAGGAAGCCAAUGAGAAUGCCCAUUCGCUGCUUGCCUUCCAUUUUAAAGAGACAUUUCCUUUUCUGAAGGAAAGCCAGGAAUGUUCUAGGAAACUCUCAGAGGCAUCCAGGGAAACACUCUAGUGAGGAGUGAUUAUUCAUUGUUGAAUGUUUUCUGAUUUAGAACUGCUCACCUGAAAUUGAUACCUUCAGACUUCCUGAUAUGUAAAUUACUCAGAUUCCUUAAGAUACUGAGUAUUGUGUAUUACUGCAGAAGUGGAGUUACGAUUAUCAGAUUUUGUGUAUCUGUGCUCAGAAUGUUGUUUCCCUUGAGCUUACUUUGUUACCAAUUCAUAUCUUGUGUUUAAUUAUUUUGGAAGCUUUUUGGUCAGCAUUCUAUAGGCUGUGUCUUGAAGAGGAGCUUUAGUAAGAAAGUUUACUAUAAGCAUAUGAUGGUAUGAAGUACCAGUUGUAUCUUAAUGGUUGGUUUUAUCACUGGAAACUGGAGCCCUUGAUGAACAAAAUUAAUCUUGAAAUGAGAAAUAGUUUUAUAUUGUGUCAUUUAGAACUUUCAGUUGCCUGGUGGAAGCACUAACUUGGAUGGAGGCAGAAGAAAUGCCUCUUACGUAGUUUUGGAUUACUUACCUUUGGAGGCCUGCUGUUACAGUUAAGAAAGUUAUCACUUUACACACAAAAACAUCUUACAACGGCCUUCUCUCUCAUACAUGUUCUUUAAAAGACAUCACUAAAAUCUAUCUUUAAAAAGGAAAAAACAAAGAUAAGAGAGCGUUUCGACCACAUAGUCUGCCCUCUGAGGCCUUGUAUCUCCACCUUCCCGCACACUCUGUGAGCGGAGCAGGGUCCCCAGCACAGUGGCUUCUGCUCACCAUUCCUCUGCACACCCGCAGGCCUGUGUCACUGAUGGAGCCACGCUGGUGUGGAUUGGGUCUCCUGCCAGGACCCUCUCCCAUAGGUAAGGCUCCUCCGAACAGGCAGCACAGAGUGCUGUAGAAAUACCUCACCCCAGAUCAGGGCCCUCCUCCUGCACUAGACUAGCCAGGACCCUGGCAUAGCGCAGCAGUUUUGACCCGAUCUCUGUGGGUAAGUGCCGAUGUUGGAUAAGGAACUGAAAAAUGUGCUCAACUUUCUCAUCUUUUCUAUUUUAUUUUUGUAAUUUAUAUUGUACACAACCCUGGAAGUAACUAUUUUGGACUUGUAUUUUUAUAAACCAGGUAAUUUCUGAUUAUCCUGGAAUUUGGACUAGGUUUGUUUCUUUUGUUGGCUUAGUUUUCAGUCCAAAAGAAAAUCACUGCUUCCUGAGUCAGGGUCUCAAUUUCAUGUACAGGUACCCAAGGACAGGCAGAGUCCUGUCAGGGUGGGAGAAAGUCUAGAAACACUGGCUGCUCAGUGUCCAGCUGCUGUAGGCCUGUAGAUGGAGCAGGCCUUCUCUUUGGAACAGGAAUCUUAGAGCCCCAGUGUUGAAAGGAGAAAGCCCUUGGCAGGGCCCCUUGCUGACACCCAGGGCCUCUGUCUGAACCACUGAAUGGGACCUUGGUUUAAUCUGACUGAAUGCUUUGUAAGUCAUGAUAACAGUGUAUGAGUUCAUCUGGUUGAUUUCUGAUGUAACUCCUCUGGUAUUUCAUGCAGGUAGUAAAUGCAAGUGUGACCUUUCAGAUUGCAUAUCUCAAAAGUAACUUUGCCUAAUGUUUUAUAAUAAAAUAUGUGUGUUUUGAUUGGUGAAAAAUACAGACUACAUUUUAAAAGAGAAAUACAUAAUAGCAUGUCCA